UCAAACUGAUUGUAGAAAUACAACUGAAAAAGAAAGUUAUGAUGACGGAACAGGCUGAGAAAAACUCCUCAUGCGUAGCUGACAGGUUUUUUCCCCUCUGUUUUUUAAGCGAUUCAGCCGCCCCCUGUUGGAAUGGCGCCCUGGGUGGUGAGUCAUACAGGCAGAARAAGCAGCUAAUUUUAAACAUAAUCUCAUAAAACUAUAUUUUAAUAAAUGUGAUCAGUCGUGGACGACCUCAUGUAGGUCUAAAAUAACAAAAUACUCUGAAUAUCAUGYAUUUCUGCUCAUGUUGAGCCUGAGACGUCGACGUUAACGAGUUGGUCGAGUUAAACCUGCAACAGGAUGUUUAUUACAKCAACAGGAACUUAAAAGGUGGCGCUACUUUCGUUUCCAAGCUGAGACUGUUGAUGCUCUUUUGCACACAUAAGAAAUAAAAAUAACCUGGUUCCAAAAUAAUGGAUUUUGGAACCGCGUGACUCUUCCUAAUGCGUCUUAAGACAAUUUAAAGCUGAUGGAGCCGAUAUGAUGGGUGAGUUUGAGCAUCUUGGCUGAAUUCUGCAUGUUUCAGUGUUUUCUUUGUAUCUGAUCUUAAAGGUUCGUAGCUAUAGGUCCAUCUUUAAAGUACGGCGUAUUUCCUAAGACCUUCAGCCUGAAGGUCGUCUCCUCGCGACUCCUUCGUCAGGCGGCGCUGAAGAACAAGAUCCAGAUCAAGGAGCAGAUGCCCAAAUAUCUGAUGGGAGAAAUCCAGCUCUGCACCACAAGCUGUGCUUUGAAGGAACUUGUGACUCUUGGGAAGCAGCUUUAUGGAGCUAAACUCAUCCUGCAGAGGUUUCAGGUCAGGAAAUGUGCACAUCUGAAAAACCCAAUCCCAGCGUCUGAGUGUCUGCUGUCAAUGCUGGAGGAGACGAACCCACACCACUACUUUGUUGCCACGCAGGACCGUGCAGUAACUGAUGGACUCAAAAAGAUCCCAGGYGUCCCUCUGCUCUACAUCAUCCUCAACACCAUGGUGCUGGACAAGCCCAGCCAGGCGUCCCUGGACCACGUCCAGGCCGUUCAGCUGGGGGAGCUGGUGACCCCGGYCCAGCAGCAGAGCAUCCGCAGCCUGAAGGAGGAGCAGGGCAUCRGCCAGAAAGUCGGGGAGAGGCGGGGGAAGAAGAGGAAGAGGAAACAGAGCAACCCCAACCCUCUGAGCUGCCUGAAGAAGAAGAAGAAGAAAGGUGUGCCGACUCCGGCGCUGAAGAAGACGGAACCAGGGGAGAAGAAGAAAAGAAGUCGACACAAGAGAAGAAAAGCGGCAGAAGGAGACAACAUGGCUGCUCCUGUAGUUAUUAGUACGUAGUGGGACAGAAAGACAAAGACUCAUGCCUUUAGCUUCUUAAACAAUGAGCAACAGUUUUAACGGACUCUCCGUUAAAACUGUUGCUGUUGAAAGUCUGUUGACUGUUGAAAGUCUGGUUCCAAGGAACCAGACUUUCUUGAUCUCCUUUUAUGUUGUAGCACAUCAGGAAAAACAUAAAUAUUACAAUGAAAGUAUCAACUCAAAUAAAUCAUCAAGGAUUACCGGGACUGUUUCUGUUUCCUCCAUGACUAUCAUCCCCUCUGUUAGCUUUAGCAUGUUGGAGUUCCUCACAACAGGCCAAAUGCGAUGUUUGUAUUGAGACCAUUUGCAUACAUCCAAACUUUUUAUCACAUGGGCCAAAAUCACGUCAAACAGACUUGAGGGCCAAAGUGAAUGUAAUUUUUCCAACUCAGCCAUAAAUUAAACAUGUAAUUCUGUAA